ACAAUCGAACACAAGUAGUUAUUAACUAUUGAAUAAUCACCCAUACCAAGGAUUUGGAAUGCCAUUGUGCAAAUGACAAUUACACCUUCUUAGUGGAACAGGCACAUGGGCCGAGGAGGGAGAGGGGGCCGCGACUAAGCCAUAAGUAGAGGAAGAACUCUCCCCUAGUGGUAGGUACAAACAACAAAACUCAAAACUAGAGCUUUCAGAACACAGUUUGGGAUAUUUCCACUGGACACUCGCAGACACAUUGAAAAAGCUUUGACGAACAUUCAUCAACAGCCAUCUAGAGCUUUCAGAAAAAUGACCCAACCCAGCAAUUGCAGAAAUGCAUUUAUAAAUUCGAAAGCCCACUAACGGGUUCGACAUUUUCGGAAUAAAAAAACCAAAAAAAAAAACAUAAAAUCAGACUGUUUCUUGAGCCACCUCGAGGAGCUUACUAUGCUCGAACGUCGUGCCCUUCCUGCUCACGUGCGCCGCCGACGCCCGGUUCGCCGCGGCUGCUUCCACUUCCGGCCGGAGACUCUUAAGGCGAACGCGGCGUCUUAGGUCGGCCGUCCGAACGCCGGGUUGUCAGGGUCUUCCGUAGAGGGUACGACUUGUCGCUUGGAGGAUGGAGGGUUGUCUGUCUUCAUUGAGACAUCGUCGUUGGUGCUGGUGGGGUUUUGAGUACUGUCUUCUUCUGAUCUCUUUCGCUUGUUCUUGGGGCCUGCGAGGCCAUCGUCUGAAAUCGAUUGUGCACGCAAUGCUCAACCCUAAACCCUAAAAUGACGAAGAAGAAGUGAAUGAGAGGGGACGAGUUAGACCCAAAUUGCUCGCAGGCAAACCAUAACCCUAAAAGAGGGGGCUAAGCAAGUGAUCUAACUCCUUACGUCCUAUGAAAUUACACUUAGCAGGUGCAGUAGUCCGGAACCUAGCUUCCUCUGUGAAACCCAGAUGCUUUGAAUCUGUGAAACCACACCUCCAUGCUCAAAAUGCUGUGGACUCUCGAAUCAUCAAAACGGGUUUCGAUCCAAACACGGCACGCUCCAACUUUCAAAUGGAGAGCUUCCUUAGAAGAGGAGAUCUGUGUCAGGCGCGCCAACUGUUCGACCAAAUGCCUCAACGAAAUACAAUCUCAACCAACACUAUGAUUUCAGGCUAUGUUAAAUCUGGCAACCUUGUCCGGGCAAGGGAGUUGUUUGAUCGCAUGGUUGAGCGGACAAUGGUGUCAUGGACGAUCUUGAUUAGUGGCUAUGCACAGUGUGACCGAGCAUGGGAAGCGUUUGAGCUUUUCAUUGGUAUGCAGAGAGUGGGCGCUGAGCCAGACCAUGUGACAUAUGCAUCACUUUUAUCAGGUUGCAAUGGUCAUGAGAUGGUAAACCACGUGAUUCAGGUUCAUGCCCAUGUCUUCAAAUUGGGAUAUGAUUCCACUCUCAUUGUUUGCAAUUCUUUAGUUGAUUCUUAUUGCAAAGGUCAUUGCCUUGGUUUAGCUCGUCAGGUUUUUGAGGAAAUACCCAGAAGGGAUUCAGUCACUUUUAAUGCACUGAUAACUGGGUACUCCAAAGAUGGAUUGUGUGAAGAAGCAAUGUACCUCUUUCUGGAGAUGCAGAAUCUCGGUUUGAGGCCCUCGGAUUUUACUUUUGCUGCAGUUCUGUGUGCUGGAAUUGGCUUGAAUGACAUAGCUCUUGGGCAACAAGUUCAUAGUUUUGUGGUCAAGACUAAUUUUGUCUGGAAUGUGUUUGUGGGUAAUGCUUUGCUUGACUUUUACUCAAAGUAUGAUAUUAUCGAUCAUGCAAGGAAACUUUUUGAGGAGAUGCCAGAGUUGGAUGGUAUUUCUUACAAUGUGAUCAUCACAGGAUAUGCAUGGAAUGGACAAACCGAAGAAUCUCUUCAUCUUUUUCGGGAAUUGCAGUUUACCGGAUUUGAUAGGAGACAGUACCCAUUUGCUACCAUGUUGAGCAUAGCAGCAAACACACUAAAUCUGGAAAUGGGUAGACAAAUCCAUUCACAAGCAGUCGUGACAACAGCUGAUUCAGAAAUUUUGGUGGGCAAUUCUCUUGUUGACAUGUAUGCCAAAUGUGGUAGGUUUGAGGAUGCUGAGAAGAUAUUUACAAAUCUGGCAUACAGAAGCAGCGUUCCCUGGACAGCCAUAAUCUCAGCUUAUGUUCAAAAUGGAUUCCAUGAAGAAGGCCUGAAUCUGUUCAACCAGAUGUGUAGAGCCCAAGUAAGUGCUGAUCAAGCCACUUUUGCCAGUGUCUUAAGAGCUUCUGCAAGUUUGGCAUUACUCUCCCUUGGGAAACAGUUGCAUUCAUUUAUUAUCAGAUCCGGUUUCAUGUCAAAUGUAUUUUCAGGAAGUGCACUUGUAGACAUGUAUGCAAAAUGUGGGUCCAUAAAAGAUGCAAUUCAAACUUUCCGAGAGAUGCCAGAUAGGAAUUUAGUUUCUUGGAAUGCAUUGAUAUCAGCUUAUGCUCAAAAUGGAGAUGGUGAGGCCACUCUCAAAUCUUUCGAUGAGAUGGUUCAAUCAGGCCUUCAGCCUGAUUCAGUGAGCUUCCUCAGUAUUCUAACCGCUUGCAGCCAUUGUGGACAAAUUGAAGAUGGGUUAAGGUACUUCGAUUCAAUGUCUCAAAUCUACAAUUUUUUUCCAAAGAGAGAACACUAUGUCUCUAUGGUCGACAUGUUGUGUCGUGGUGGAUGUUUCAAUGAAGCAGAGAAGUUAAUGGCUCAGAUGCCAUUUGAUCCGGAUGAGAUCAUGUGGUCAUCGGUUCUAAACUCCUGUAGGAAACAUAAAAAUCAAGAACUAGCUAAAAAGGCAGCGGACCAUCUCUUUAAUAUGGAGCUUAAGGAUGCUGCUGCUUAUGUCAACAUGUCUAAUAUUUAUGCAGCAGGAGGUCAGUGGGAAAGUGUUGGCUUGGUGAAGAAGGCAAUGAGGGAUCGAGGAGUUAAGAAGGUGCCUGCCUAUAGUUGGGUUGAAAUUAAACACAAGAUUCAUGUAUUCUCAGCAAAUGAUAAGUCCCACCCACAAAUGAAGGAAAUCAUUGGAAAGAUUGAAAUGUUGAUGAAGCAGAUGGAGAAGGCAGGGUACAAGCCUGACACAAGCUGUGCCCUGCACAAUGUAGAUGAGGAAAUGAAAUUAGAAUCUCUGAAAUAUCACAGUGAGCGCCUGGCAAUUGCCUUUGCACUGAUCAGCACUCCCGAAGGGUCGCCAAUACUGGUGAUGAAAAACCUAAGAGCUUGUACAGACUGCCAUGCUGCAAUCAAAGUGAUCUCGAAGAUCGUUGGAAGGGAAAUAACAAUUAGGGACUCAAGCAGGUUCCAUCAUUUUAGGGAUGGGUUUUGUUCAUGUGGAGAUUAUUGGUGAGUUCAUAGGACAAAAGGGAGAGGAUCUCUUCCCCUCUUAACCAACCUAGAAUUAGAUAUUUUUUUUGGGAAGGAAAGAUAAUUAGAUCAGCCUAUUGUAUCACUAAGAUAAAAUGACUGAAGAUCACGAAAUCAAUUCCUGCAACACUGCUCUUUUUUGUAGACUUGUAGCAAAUAUACAUGGAUAUUUAUUCAUUUAUGAAAAAGAAAUUGAAAUUACAAAUUUACAA